UUAUUAUAAAAAUAGGUGAAAUAAAUAAUAAACAAAAUCAUUUUCGACACUGUUUUCUACGAUUAUCUUUUAAGGAAACUGUAAAUACAUUAUCGUCAUCAAACACGUCAAGUUUUUGUUGUUUAAAAAUUUCUGUCGCUAAGUUGUCAGACAAGUUUGAAAAUGGAGGAGGAAUUAUCAAUAAAAUUGAAUUCCCAACCAGUAGAGGAGGUUAUCAUAAAGUGCGAAGUUAUAGAAAUUUCUGAUGAAGAGGAAAUGCCAAAGAAAAAGAGAAUACGCAAAAAGUAUGUCCCCAAGCAGCAACCGUCACCAUGUGACGACUGCGGAAAAGUAUUUCAAACUGGAUAUGAGUUGAAAAAACACAAACGAACUCACAGUGGAGAGCGACCAUACCAAUGUACCAUGUGUGGUAAAACAUACACACAGCUAGGACAUUUAAGUAUACAUGCACUAUCACAUCAAGGCAUUAAAAAUUUCAAUUGCACAGAAUGUGGGGCGUCGUUCUACCGAAAAGCCGAUCUGGACAGACAUGAGAAAAUACAUUCGGGGAUCAAACCUCACCAGUGCGAGAUCUGCUCGAAAAGCUUUGUUCAAAAGAAUAACUUGGUGAUGCAUGUCAAAACACACAUCGGAGAGAAACCCCACGAGUGUGUGGUCUGCGGCAAAAGAUUUUUAACUAGGAGCAAGAUGAAUUUGCACGCCAAGAAACAUGAUAAAGAGAAAAAAAAGAAGGAUCUUGGACCUUUUCACGAUUAGGUGUUUUUGUGGUUUUAGCUAAAUUAGGUGAUAAUUAUUAUCUGUGGAUAAGAUAAGUAAUAUUUGUACAAACCACUGUGGAUGGAUAUCUGGGAUAUUUGAUAUUUUAAAGCAAUGUUGUAGCUAGACGCUAGUAAUUAGCUAUAUUUUGCUAUUUGACAUUAAUAAGCACAGUUGUACGCAAAAUUGUGUUCAGAAUAUUUGUUCAGUGUAACACUCAAAAGUGGAAGUGUUGAAUGUUGAUUUAUCCACAAAUAUUGGACAAUUUUAAUGCUGGAGUCAUGUGUUGACUUAUGCCGCGUCGCGUCAAUCUUUUCUGAUAGGGGUCAGGGCAUUUAUAAGAAAAAUAUUAAGUACUUAUUGGUUUAUAUACAAAACUGA